AUGGCACCCACUGAGUCAACAAUCCUCGCCAACUACCUGCUGGUUCCGGCGCAGCUGCCAGCCAUCAUCUCCCUGAAAGAAUUCACGGACCUCUUUCCUCGUGCUCAGCAGUCAUCACCACAAGUAAGGAGGCUUUACAGGGACCUCCAGAUCCAGAGGAACGCGCUCAUCGAUGCCGUGUCAUCCAACAUUGAGGCUGAGGCAAAACGUUCCAAGGCAUUGCGACGAGAAGUUCUGAGAGCGAAGAGAGAGGCCGAGGAUCAUGAGAUUGACGACGAGAUUGAUAUUGAGAGAGCUCUCUACGGUGCAGCCUCGGGAGCUCCGGUCACAAAACAUGAUAUCAACUCCAUUAUCCCGGAGCUGGACAGCUCUGCAGAGGAGCUCGAUGCCUCAAUCCAGGCCAUGGAGAAGGAAGAGGCCGAGCUAUUGCAGUCUAUUAAGCAGACCGUUGGCAGCAUGAGCGACCUGCGUUACGGUCGAUUAUCCAAUGCACAGCUCACAGAGCAAGUUCUGGAAGGCCUGCAGACCGUUCAAGAGACAUGUCAGACAAGACAUUAA